AAAAAUGCAACCAACCAAAUUGUGAUGAACUGUGCUGACAUUGACAUUAUUACAGCUUCCUACGCACCAGAAGGAGGUGAAGAGGUACAUGCCACAGGGUUCAACUAUCAAAAUGAGGAUGAAAAGGUUACUCUCUCCUUUCCCAGUACUCUUCAGAAAGGGACAGGGUCACUAAAGAUAGACUUUGUAGGGGAGCUGAAUGAUAAAAUGAAAGGUUUUUACCGAAGUAAAUACACCACCCCAACUGGAGACACACGCUAUGCUGCUGUCACUCAGUUUGAGGCUACUGAUGCUCGCAGAGCUUUCCCUUGCUGGGAUGAGCCUGCUAUUAAGGCAACAUUUGAUAUUUCUUUGGUGGUUCCUAAAGACAGAGUAGCUUUGUCAAAUAUGAAUGUUAUUGACAGGAAGCCGUACCCAGAUGAUGAAAACCUGGUGGAAGUGAAGUUUGCUCGCACCCCUGUAAUGUCGACGUAUCUGGUAGCGUUUGUGGUGGGAGAAUAUGACUUCGUAGAGGCCAGGUCCCUUGACGGCGUCUUAGUGCGCGUUUACACUCCUGUUGGCAAAGCGGAGCAAGGAAAGUUUGCAUUAGAGGUUGCUGCUAAAACUCUGCCUUUUUAUAAGGACUACUUCAAUGUUCCUUACCCUCUUCCUAAAAUUGAUCUCAUAGCUAUUGCAGACUUUGCUGCUGGUGCCAUGGAGAACUGGGGCCUUGUUACUUAUAGGGAGACUGCAUUGCUCAUUGACCCCAAAAAUUCCUGCUCUUCAUCUCGCCAGUGGGUUGCUCUGGUUGUAGGACAUGAACUUGCUCAUCAGUGGUUCGGAAACCUUGUGACCAUGGAAUGGUGGACCCAUCUCUGGCUGAAUGAAGGAUUUGCAUCCUGGAUUGAGUACCUAUGCGUAGAUCACUGUUUCCCGGAGUACGAUAUCUGGACUCAGUUUGUUUCUGCUGAUUACACACGAGCUCAAGAGCUUGAUGCCUUAGACAACAGUCAUCCUAUUGAAGUUAGUGUUGGCCAUCCAUCCGAAGUAGAUGAAAUAUUCGAUGCUAUUUCUUACAGCAAGGGAGCAUCUGUAAUCCGCAUGCUACAUGACUACAUUGGUGAUGAGGACUUUCGGAAAGGAAUGAAUUUAUAUUUAACGAAGUUCCAGCAGAAGAAUGCUGCUACAGAGGACCUCUGGGAAAGCCUGGAAAAAGCCAGUGGUAAACCUAUUGCUGCUGUGAUGAAUACAUGGACCAAACAAAUGGGAUUUCCGCUCGUUUAUGUGGAAGCUGAACAG